AUGACAUCCGCCUCAUCUCUGCAUUUUGGACCGGAAUGGAUGCGCAAACCAUCUCGUACCUCUCUAACCCCACUGUCGCCGAAUACCGGAAAUUCGCCGGGCACGACGUCGAGCCUGUUGCCAACACCGCCUAACAGGGGCAACACAGCUGCCCAACGUGUCCUCGUACUCGUCGCUGCUGACAUCAGCAUCCCCUCCACCCCAGAUCAAGUCCGAGGACGAGAACUAUCCGUUCCGGUACUCGAAAGACCAGCUACUGCAGAGGUCGGUGGCGAACCUCAGGGCGUGAAAGAAAUGACGCCAGACGAGCGCAAACUGUUCUCAACCAACGUCAACUCGGAUCCUCCUAUGCGCCGCAACACUACCAACCUCUCGCUUGCCUCUGAUCGACAACAAAAUAAAAUUGGCCAAGGCAUUGGCAUUGGGCUCGGUCCUGCUAGUCCUAGGGGGAUCGGACCUCCGCGUCGCCGGGGAACGGGAGCCACUGAUGAUCCUGCAUCUGGUCCGUUUCUUCCUCGAAAGCUUUCGUUGUCAUCCUCUCUUCUCGCCGGAAAUAUUGCGAACGCUCCCAAUUCUCCUGCCGGCCCUCUUCCAUCGCCACGAACUCGCCUCCAGCUCUCGACAACCCCGACCGGCUGCAGAUGUUUGGGCCCGUGGUCCAUUCGUGGCGCCACCAUGCAGCAAUGGUUCGAAGCUGGAUACUUUGCAGAGGAUCUCCUGAUCAAACGAACCCACAUUGACUCAGAUUUCGAGCCUCUUCGUGAAUUUCGCCGUCGGGCACCACCUGUAAGGCCGGGCGAAUCUCACACCCAGAUGUUCCUUUCCCCACUUGCGCCACGUGCGCCACCUAAUUUACCCCCACCCCAAUCUCUCUUACGCGGUCAGAAUACACCACCCAACCCUAGUCCCCGCUUGGCCCAUCUCAUGACCAGCAUUCACGACGCUUCGAGUCACGGCCCUAUGUCUGCUGGUGCCAGUGGGGGAAGUCCCUUGGCAAAUAGCCCAGCUUCGUCCGCUGCGGCUGCUGUCCGUAGUGCGACCCUUGAUUCUUACCUCGCACCUGGCCAAAAUGGAUUGACUGGAGAUGGAUUGGUUGCCGGUGGUGGAGCUGUACUCACAAAUGCCGCACUCGAACGCAAGAAACGCGAAGACUUUAUCCAAUCACUUCGAGAACGCGAACUAGCCAUGGGUGUCGGUGCAUCUAGCCCCCAGCCAUUUGCAUCGACUGGUCCAUUCGGAGGAGCAUUCGCUCCGAACCCCGCCCCUCAAUUCUCUCAGUUUGCGCCUGGUGCUCCGUCUUUUAGUAAUCGCUUGAACGUACCUAUGCCACCGGCUCCGCUUCCUAUCCCCGUUAACAAUGCUUCGCUUAGUGUAGUGUCGCCGUUUCCGCACAACGGUCCCGUUCUCUGGUCUUCGAGUGAUCAAAUGCUCACUCCUGGUGCUUACGCCCCCUCGUCUAACGAAUUCGAUCACGGGACAAUAUACCAAUCUGUUCCGAAUCACCAGGGAACAUGGCAAGCACCGGUACCCACGUGGGAGAAUGAACAGGAAUUACCUCCUGCAGUCGAAGCAGCUGUAAACAUUGCCGAAGAGCCACUCCAUACUCCUAUUUCCGAUGCACACGUCCAUGAUAGUCCGUCUUCGUUGCACCCAGAGUUACCGAUCGAAACCGAAGUUGAGAACAUCAUCGCUGUGCUGGAAGAUACCAAAAUCCAGGAAGCGGAGGUCAAGGAGGAAGACGAGCCGGCUCCGCAGCCUGAACCCGUACCUGCUCCUGCUCCUGCCCCAACCGCGAGUGAAACUUCGCCUACCCCUGUGAACAAACGCAAGGGCAAGAAGACAGUGAGCAAGGAACCCUCGGUUUCUACGUCCGUAUCUGCAUCUAUUAUCGCUCCUGCUCCCGCACCCGUAUCUUCUCCGGGAACAACCCCCGCCACGGUCUGGGCGACAACCGAGCACGAAAAGCCCGCAUCCUUGUCGUUGCGCGAGAUCCAAGAAGCCGAGGAGCGCAAGGCCGAGGCGCGCAAGGCUGCCGAGCGAGUAGCCAAGGUCUGUCCAGCCCCGAACGCGGGUACUGCUACCGACGAGGCUGCGGGUGUAACUGGCUCAUGGGGUCUCCCUCAGGUUGGCGCGCGGUCGAAUGCGCCCGCUCAGGCUGCUGCUGGUGCGACGAAUAACGGACCAGCGUGGACGAAGCCUGCUGUUGUUUCCACCGGGAAGAAGACCAUGAAGGAAAUUCAAGAAGAGGAAGAGCGGAGGAAAAAGGCUGCUGCUGUGAAUGCCAACACAACCAAGGAGGUACCACCAGCCACCGCGACACAGCAAGCCGCAAAACGGGCGUAUGCGGACUCUGCCAAGAAUGUAACCGCAGCUGGUGCAGGCGCAGGCGCAGGUGCCGGUGCAUGGUCGACGGUGGGUCCCCAAGGCAAGGUCAACGGGCCUCCGGCUGUUAUUCGCCAGCCAUCGUCAUCUGCAACGACUGCUCCUGCCACCCGGGCUGUGCCUGGUUCUAGUGCCCCUCGGCCAAGCUCCAGCGCGAGCAAUGCAACUCAGCCCACUAGUGCCAACCCUAGUGCUGCUGCGAAACCAGCCAAGCCGGCGGCGGUAGACGAAACACCCGUAGCACCAUCGUUGGAUUUCCUCAAGUGGCUGAAGGAAUCGCUCAAGGGCCUAAACGGGAUAAAUGUUGAAGAGUUUAUGCAAAUGCUGCUUUCGUUCCCGCUCGAUCCUUCGCCCGCCGUGAUCGAAAUCAUUUCGGACUCGAUCUACGCAAAUUCGUCCACACUCGACGGACGUCGAUUCGCGGCCGAGUUUUGUCAAAAACGCAAGGCGGAUGCGGCCGCUGCACGCACAAAGCCGGGUUCUACGUCGGGAGCCAAGGUACCACGGGCAUCGCUGGCCGAGGUCAAGACGCAACCGAAACCCGUGCAAUCCGAGUGGGGAUUCAAGACGGUUCAGAAGAAACCCAAGGGCGGCCGCAAGCAUUUGAGGAACCGAUCGUUUUCUGACGACCCAUUUGCGGUUGUGACCAUGCCUCCUGCCAACGAGUCGCCGGACGAUAAGCAGAGACGCCAGGCAGACGAACGGAUGGCGAGACAGCGAAGCGAGCUCAUCGACGAGGAAAUUAAGCGAGACCGCUUGGCCCGACAGCGAGCAGAGGCGACGCAACGAAAGUUGCUAUUACUAGGCCAGGCGGAGAGCGGCAAGACAACAACGCUGAAACAGUUCCAACUCUUGCAGUCCACAUCAGCAUUCAAUGCCCAACUGCACUCGUAUCGCGCGCUCAUUUAUGUGAACGUACUGAAUUCGGUGCGGAGGAUAUUGGAUGCGGUGGCAUUGCCCGACGAAGCGGACCAAUUCCUCUCGGACACGUCGAGUUCGUCUUCGCAUUCGUCCCGAUCCUCCUAUGCCCGACACCAUUACCCACCUCAUCUCGCGGCCCUCGCUGUCAAACUCCGACCUUUACUCCACAUCCAACGGGUCCUUGAACGCCAGCUCCGUGGAUCCACGGACCCAGACAUUGCCCCGCCCCCGAGACGACGAUCCCGAAGGACCAGGAGCACAGCUUCUUCCGGUGACGAUCAGCAAACCCCCGACGUCGAUGUCGACGACAACGAAAUCACGGUUCACGCCUGGAACUCGUGGAACGAACGGCUUGGGCGGGGUCUCAGUGUCGGGGGCGAAACAAUAUCCAUGGACUGGAGCUCCCGGGACGAUCCCGGUCGGAUUUUCGCAGCGUGCGUAGACGAUUUGAUUGCCUUGUGGGAAGACGAAGUGGUCCAAACCGCUCUGGCCAAGCAAAGACCUUCCAUCCGCGAAUCACCUGGAUUCUUUAUGGAUGACUUGGCGCGCAUUGCGGCCUCCGGAUACAUGCCGAAUGCAGACGACAUCCUGAGGGCCAGAAUCAAGACCGUAGGGGUGCAGGAACACCGUGUACGAUUCGACCACGGUCCGGGGAAGGGCAUGGAAUGGAUUAUAUACGAUGUUGGUGGAGCGAGAAGUCAGCGACUUCGAUGGGCUGCGUAUUUUGAAGAUGUUCAUGCAAUUAUCUUCCUAGCCCCGAUAAGCCCAUUCAAUCAAACGUUAGCUGAAGACUCUCGGAUGAACAGGGUCAAGGAUUCCCUCCUGCUAUGGCAAGAGAUCUGCAGGAAUAAAGUUCUGGAUAAAGUCUCAAUCGUGUUGUUUUUGAAUAAAUGUGAUUUAUUAAAGGCCAAGCUUGCCGCGGGCGUCCAGUUUAAAAAAUAUAUGAGCGCAUAUAAAGGUCCUAAUGAGUGGGCCCCUGUUGCUGAAUGUUCGAACCUCGACGGGCCAUCUGCCUCUUACCCCUACAACAACAACAGCACCACCACCAGCUGCAUCCCCAUGCUUGCGUUAAACAACAUGCCACGUGAGGAUCGCCUGCAGCAAGAAGAGGCUAAACGCCGGAGCAACGAGAUUGACGAGCAGUUGAGGCUCGAGGCCGCUGCGCUGAAGAAACGCAAGUCCAAGGAGCGGAAGAUUCUGCUAUUGGGGCAGUCCGAGAGCGGGAAGAGCACACUCCUGAAGCAGUUCCGACUCAUGCAUUCCAACGGCAAGGUCUUUGACGCAGAGCGCGCCUCUUGGCGGCUAAUCAUCUUCCAUAAUCUCGUCCGCUCUAUCCUCAACCUCCUCGACGAGAUUACCCACCCCAUCGUCCCCACCCGGGACUAUCCAGACAAUGACAUCUUUUGGGAACAAAACGCCACCAUAUUCAAGACCUUUCGAGUGCGCUUAUCUCCUCUCUCACAGAUUGCGGAUUUGAUAGCCAAUCGGCUUGCCCCUGAGAACUCUUCCCCCACUGCCAGCUCGCCAGUCGAACCCGCAUCAGAUUGGACAUCAACCGCCAACCCCCAAGUUCCAAGUUUCGAAAUCAGCGUUCUUUCUUCGUCGAGGUGGAAAUCUGCGCUGCAAAAGCUUCACGUUGGUUCCCGGAGCCCCCGGCCUUCCAUAGAUUGCUCUAUUGACUUUGACAACGAGAACGACCCUGGUCGCCUUUUGGUGGCGUUCCACGAGGACCUUGUUGAAUUUUGCCAAACAAAGUCCGUGUGGGAGAUGCUUAAACGAAAGAAAAUCAGGGUUGAGAAUAUGAGCGGUUUUUUCCUAGACGAUAUCGAUCGCAUAACCAAACCUAGAUACAUUCCUACCGAUGAUGAUAUCCUAAAGGCGAGACUGAAGACCCUAGGCGUUAGUGAAACCCAAUGUGUAGUUAAUACUAGUUCUGAAAAAGGAUCCAUUUGGAGGAUUUUUGACGUUGGCGGAGCCCGAUACCAACGUGCAGCCUGGGCCCCACAUUUUGAUGAUGUAAAUUGCAUCAUCUUCUUGGCUCCUAUUUCGGCCUUCGAUCAGGUUCUCGCCGAAGAUCCUACCGUUAAUCGCCUCGAGGACUCGCUUGCCAUGUGGCGCGACCUAUGUAAAAACAAGAUUCUCGCUGGAGCGAGCAUCGUCCUGUUUUUGAACAAGUGCGACCUGCUUCAAGCUAAGCUCGAAGCUGGCGUCCAAUUGAAUCAAUUCUUGACAAGUUACGGCGAUCGCCCCAACGAUUACGCCAACGUCACCAAGACUCUGAAGAGCAAGUUUGACAAAAUAAAGCGUGAACAUUGUCCCGAUAGUCAAGUUUUUACUCACUUCAUCACGGCGACUGAUACCCGUACCACCAGUAUCGCCAUCAACGCCGUAAGAGAUAAGAUUAUGAGGGAGAAUCUCCAAAAUAUUGGGUUCGUGCACUAG